AUGGACCGCUAUGCGAAACGAGUCGGCACCGACGCCCAGAUAUCUCUCCAGUCUUGGUCUGGUUCGAGUAAUUAGUUCCGGCGACGACAGAUUUCCGUUCUGGAACUGGCCGUGAUCGCUGCGCGGGAUAACAAGAAGAAGCGGAUCAUCCUCUCCACUUGUUGCUGGCCGUAAGGAACGAUGAGGAGCUGGCGAGGUUGUUUUCGGGGAUCACCAUUGCCUGCGGUGCUGUCCUCCCCAACAUCGGCGAGAAGCUCCUACCCAAGAAGACCGCCACCAAGGCCGGAUCUGAACCUAGAUCCCGGAUCAAGUCCCCCAUGAAGGAUGAGGUAUCCUCCGCGAGCCAUAGCAUCACCGUCAUGUCUGAUGUUCCAGCCUUGCGUGACAGUCCAUCGUAG